UUCAGACAAGCGUUGCUUGCCAAUUUUCAGAUUUUCUUUGAACUAAAUUGAAUUUAUUUUAAACACAUUAAUAGUAAAAGACGUAUUAUGCGUCAAAAAAGAGUCCUAAAUGGUACGAGUAUCUACUGGUAAUCCGAGAAAAAAUUCAAGGCCGAAACAGGUGACGACUUCAACUCCUCUACACCGAACGUCUGUAAUCUACCACAAGUCUCCUGCAAAAAAGUCACCUGCAAAAUCGCCUAGACGUACUCCAAGGAAAACUGUUACUCAUGAAAGCUCUACGAGACGGAGAAGUGGUGGUAGUCAUAGAAGAUAUCGACCUGGUACACGAGCAUUACUAGAGAUUAGACAUUAUCAAAAGACAACACAUCUUUUACUUAGAAGAGCACCUUUUAUGAGAGUGGUCAGGGAACUAGCCAACAAAUUUUAUCAAGGUCAUGAGUUAAGAUGGCAAGUCGGUGCUCUUCAAGCUCUACAGGAGUCUGCAGAAGCUUUUUUAGUAAGAUUAUUUGAAGAUGCAAAUCUUUGUGCUAUACAUGCAAAGAGAGUGACCAUUAUGCCAAAAGAUAUUCAGCUGGCUAGACGUAUCCGAGGACGGCAAGAUGGUCUUGGUUAAGGAGGAUAGUGCUUUUAUCAAUGUCAAAACAUUUGUACAACUAGUAAAAGAGCUUUUCUGAAAAAUUCAAACAGACAUUUUUGAUUUUUUAAAGGAAAAACAAAGAUGAUAUUUUCUCCUUUUUUUAAAAUUCAAAGACAUAUUUUUGAUAUUUUAAAUAAAAACAGCAAUGAUAUUUUUUCUACUUUUUCAAUUUGAAUGUACAAUGAAAAACAAAGUAAUUUUAAAAUAUUUUGCUGACUAUACCCAAAACUAUGUAAAAUAUUGUGUAUUUGCAUCACAUUUUUAUGCCAUUUUGAUUCUUAGUCCUCUCUGUAAUAAUUGUAAAUGGGAAAUGCUUUAGGCUUCAUUUAAGCUUUCCUAUAAACAAACCAUACCAAAAGCUAGUUUAAGAUAGCUCCAAAUAGUGUUGAGGCAUUCUGGGAUGACUGCAAUAGAUGAUUGUAACACAUUGUAAGAUGUUCCUUGGUACACCAUGGUUAAAAAACACAGAAGUGGUCUAAUAGCACUCAAACCUGUAUGGAUCCAUCUUAAGCUCCAAAUUUUAUUAAUAUUAUUGUGAAAUAAAGAUUUUACAUGAA